UGGAAUUUCAAAUGGAACGUGUGCAAACUUGGAAAGAUCUUGUCAAGUGCCGUAAAGCUCAAAAUGGUGCGAAUAUUCCGAGAAACUUUGCUUUCUUGGACAAUCGGUUCUUGCUCUUUCUUGGUAUUGACGCAAGUAUUGAAAUAGACUGUCCUACUAGCCAUUUAUAUUAUGUUGCUUUAUCUAAGGAUAAUAUUAGUCCAUCUAGUGUCGCAGACUUGGAAUGGAAACCUCUUUCUCAAAGUUUACAAAGUUCCUUGAAACAGCAACUCUCAGAAGAAGACUCAAAAAUAAAGAAUGCCAAAGAAGUUUCAAAAGAAGAGGAACUUUUAAAAGAAAGACAGCGACGUUCAUUCGAAGGAUUAUGUUGUUAUUUAUUUCAUCCCUCUACUCAACGCUUAUUAUUACCACAAGGCACACAUUUGGAUGUUUUCUCUUAUAGCAAUCCCAGUUCUUCUUCUUCAUUGGAUGAAGCUUUUCAACUCUUCAACUCCUAUCAAGCAUCGGAAGGAUAUUUAGAUCCAAAAUGGAGUCCUGAUGGUCGUUAUAUAAGUUUUAUUCGUGAUGGUGAUAUUUGGUUAUUAUGUGUAAACGAUAGUUUAGAAACUCGCUUGACCUUUUCAGAACAUAAUGUUUCAUGUCGUGUUGCGGAAUAUAUUAUGCAAGAAGAGUUUGAUCGCUUCAUUGGUUAUUGGUGUGUGCAUUUUAUACGAUAGUCGAAUAUCUUUGAAUAUCUUUCGUUGUACAAGAGAUAUUUACAAGGGACUAAGACACUCAUCAUUAGAAACUUGAGCUCUUAAUCGUUUCACGUGCCGGAGUGACAAAUGGUUGGAAAUCCACCAAAACUACGGGAAGAAUAUUUCGGGGAACGGUUUUAAAAACUACAACCUGUGCAUUCUUCUCUCAAGAAUUGAAGUUGAUCCAAAGAAAAUCACAAUAUUGAUGAAUGGCUGUUUAUACUGAAGCAUUUUCAAAUAUAUGUGUAAGACACUGAAUCAAGCCCAUCGUUGAACUCAGAUCUCUAAAAAAACAAGGUGGAGCUUUCUUUUCGUGAAUUCUUUCGGAAUCUGGGGAGUUCAUUGUUCAGUUUACUCAUCGUUUAAUAGUUCAGAUGUAGAGUCGAGCAAGUUUUCUAAAUAUAGGCAUAUCUUGCAAAGUUAGAAUCUGCAAUCAGAAUUUGCUUAAAAUGUCAUAAUGCAUCAAAUUUUCAAAUCCUUGCUUAGAAAUAGACAAUAUAAAGUCUUAGGAUCUACCAUUUACUGUUGUGUUAUAAGAGGAAGGAGAUGAGUGUUAGAUAUUCAACAACAGGGAGAGUAUAAAUAAAGAAUACAAAGCAAAC